GUCAAAUACCACUCCUUAGAACAUGUUCAUCACAUCCCAGUUAUGCAACAGUUUCCAUCUCUGUCUCUUCUUCUUUGUUCUCUUUCAAUAUUAGUAUUCAUUUCUUUCAAAUGAAUAUAAACAUCAGUGUUCAUCUGAUCCUGCUAGUUGGUACUCUUAUCGCCUUAAACGUAAUUGAAGCAGUUUUAACACUCGACCAUCGGUUCGAAGAUUGCAAGCCUAAAGAUUGCGGAAACGGAUUAAAUAUUAGCUACCCAUUUUGGAUUGAAAAAGACUACUGUGGGUAUCCAGGAUUUAAUGUUAGUUGUAAGAAUAAGGUUCCUAUUCUAUAUGCAGAAGGAUAUGAUUACAUAAUUCGAGAUAUCCAUUACGGCAGUAGAUCAUUCCGAGUGGAGAAUCCAGUUGCACAUAGUUUCUGUCCUGUUCCUUUUAUAAAUUCUACUUUCAAUGAUCAAAGUCCCUUCAAAUUUGGUUCCGGAGUUCAGCUUCUUACGUUCUUUUACAUUUGCACCAAUUUCAGUCGUAAGUUAUAUGAGAAUUACAUUUAUCCAGUGAAUACUUAUUGUGUAACUUCCUACGAUCGCAAGAUUUAUUCUUUCGCCGGGUUUGUUCCUCCGGGGGAAUCGCUUUAUGAUAGGUUAUCAUGCCAGUUAUCGGUUCAUGUUCCCGUAGAAGUGGAGUCAAACUCCAAAACAGGUCAGGUUAACGGUUAUAUGCCGUUAAUAAAAAAAGGUUUCACUUUGGAAUGGCAUAAAUCACCAUGUACAGAGUGCCAAGCAAGCGGUGGAUAUUGUGGAGUCAAUGAGAAAGGUGUCGUCGUGUGUUUUUGUAAGGAUGGACCAUAUCAACAAAAAUGCGAAAAUAAGAACAACUCAUCCAAACUUACCAUCCGUAUAGCUGUUCCAUUCGUUAUCGCAGUACUUUUCACCAUUGCCUUCGGUUUCUUCUAUUUUGGGAGGAAAAAAACACAGAGAAAAAAGUUUGAUGAUGUCGACGAUGAGAUUCAAGGAACAGAAUCUUUACAGUUCAACUUCAGUACUAUAUGUGUUGCAACAAAUAAUUUCUCGGAAGCUAAUAAACUUGGACAAGGUGGAUUUGGCUCUGUUUACAAGGGUACACUUUCAGACAUGCAAGAAAUAGCCGUAAAGAGGCUAUCAAAAAAUUCAGGACAAGGUGAACAAGAGUUCAAGAAUGAAGUUACCUUAGUAGCUAAACUUCAGCACAGAAAUCUGGUGAAGCUCGUUGGUUUCAGCCAAGCUGGUGAAGAAAAACUGCUCAUCUAUGAAUUCAUGCCAAAUGGAAGCCUUGACCAGAUCCUAUUCGACCCAGUUAAAUGUACACAGCUGGAUUGGGAAAGACGAUACAAGUUAAUAGGAGGGGUAGCAAGAGGACUUGUCUAUCUCCAUGAGGAGUCUCGACUGAAAAUCAUCCACCGGGAUCUCAAAGCUAGCAAUAUAUUAUUGGAUGCAGACAUGAAUCCAAAAAUUGCAGAUUUUGGCAUGGCUAGGCUUUUUUGCCUUCACCAAAUUCAAGAUAAUACAAACAGAAUAGUUGGAACAUAUGGCUACAUGGCUCCUGAGUAUAUAAUGCAUGGUGAAUUCUCUAUGAAAUCAGACGUUUUUAGUUUUGGUGUCUUAGUUUUAGAGAUACUUUGCGGACAGAGGAACAGCAGUUUUCAUAAAUCAGAUAUUGCUGGGGACCUUCUAAGCUAUGCAUGGCGGCAUUGGAAUAAUGGAUCUGCUAUAGAAAUAUUACAUCCAACUUUGAAAGACACUUUUUCUAGAAAAGAAGCGGUGAGAUGCAUCCACGUAGCAUUAUUAUGUGUUCAAAAAAAUGUUGAAGAUAGGCCCUCAAUGCAGACGGUUAUCCUAAUGCUCAACAGAUACUUUUCAAUCAGUCACAAUUUACCUUCAGCGCCUGCAUUCUUUGCUGGUAGUAUUAAACGUAUGGAACCCAAGUCGACUUUAUAUUCAGACUACAGAGAUGCACAAGGAAGUUCUAAAAACGAGUCAAUCAGAGAUACAGCAAUGUACAGCGUGAAUGAUGUUUCAGUUACUGAACUGCACCCUCGAUGACAAUACAAUCUUGUUCAUUUGCCUUCUUC